AUGUCUACUACUACUAGUGAAGUGGAUAAAGAAGGUGUUAAGAGUAGUCAAGAUGAAGUUGUUUUUACGGAGCUUCCCGCACCUCCUGGUUGGAACAAAAAGUAUGAAAAUUACGGUAGCUCAUCCGACGGCAGUAGCUUCUCUGACAUUGAGAAGAAGCUGAAAGAAACUUUAUUCAGAUCUUCUCAUGUCGAUGAACGGUCACUGGAAACUUCAAAUACUGCUAUCAAGAAAGAGGCUACUGAUGAGGUGCUGCCCCAGGAAAACCUGCAUGAAGAAAAAAGAGCAACUAGCCCAGUCCCUCGUCCCCAAUCAUCUAUACGGGAUCAGGUUGGUGCGUCACCAAUAGAUAUUGCAAAAGCUUACAUGGGAGGCCUCACAUCAGAAUCAGGACUUGAUUCUCAAAGUGUACUUCUAAGAGAUGAAAGAACUCCUAUAACUGAUAGGUUUUCGUCAAGAUUAUCCAUACCAUCACCGCUACCCAAGCUGCCUACUCAUUCAAGAUCAACUUCUAAGUUGCUAAGUGGUGGGGACAGAUGUAUUAACACUAUGCCGAAUCAGUGGAAGCAGUCUCAUACUCCAAAUUUUGGUUUUAGUCAGGUGGCCAAGAAAACAAGUUCUCCAGAUAAAGGCUUUGGAUCACUAGGACCCAUUCAUAGGGCACGUCGUAAUUCUGUUGAAACGACUCCUUACCGAGGAACUAGUCUUAAUAGGUUUGAAAGUUCAGGUGCUUCCAUGGGUAUCUUGUGCAUCAAUAAUCAGAAUCAUGAAAUAGGACCAUCAACUGAUGCUGAUGUAGAUUUCCAGAUGGCGAACAAUAAACCACCAAGCAGUGUUGGCAUUUCACCUGUUCAUCCUCAGUCUUCAGAUGUGGCUAGAAGAAUAUUGGAGUACCUUGAUAGAGCUAUCCCAACUCCCCAAAAGAAAGUUAACGAGUUAAAGAUGGCCAGCUCUGAUGCACAAAAAAGUCCCGUCACAUUGCAACACUCUUCUAAAGGCAAAGAGGUGGAAAAUAGCUCUCCGUUUGAAGCUCAGCCUGUGCAGGAAAAAGUUGAUGUAGCUACUACCAAUGAAGCAAAGGCAAACACGUCAGCUACUAACUCAAGUUCUAGCACAAAUGGUUUUGGUUUUGGUAGUAAUAUUGGUGUUAAAGCAGCAACACCAUCAGUGGGUUUGUUUAAACCGGAUGCUCAUAGGAAACCUCCCACACCACACACUUCUGGAAGAGACAAGCCUGCAUUAAGCUCCAUUUCAAUUACCAAGCGUGAUUCUAAACGUUUCGAUAAUGGUUCUGGUUUUACCUUUCCUGUGUCUGCUUCGUCAUCUGGUAAUAUCUCUGAACCUCCUACUCCUUCGAUCCUGUCAUUUCCAUCAGCCAGUGGUCUGCCUCGGCCACAAGAAAACACAAGUGUUCCUUCAGACAAAGCAACAACAAAUGCUGUAGGUGCACCUUCAUACAGUUUUCGUUCUCAAAAGACUGAAGAUACAAUUGUUUUCUCAUUUCCGUCUACAAGCUCUGCUAGUCCUAGUGGUGACAGUACUCCAACUUUUAAAUUUGGAUCAGAUAAGGACAGAUUAUCUUUUAGGUCCUUUGGUGAAAACACCAAAUGUCAUUAG